AUGAAUACUGUAGCAACAAUUUACGAAGCCAACCGCAUCACGGCUGUCCUGGACAAGAGAGCAGAUGCAAGUCGCAAGCGUCGCGGAGCCCAACCCCCAUGCCACCCCUUCCAACAGGUUUACGCUCUUGAUAGGUAUUCUAUGCGCGUAUCAGUUCCGUUGGACGUCCUCGUAACUGACACAAUAGCACCAGAACAACUCUGUAUCCUGCUUUCGCAAACACCCCCACAGUCACCCGUUUUGCAGCCACAACUACGGCCGGGAAGGUGACCACCGCCACCGAAUGGCAAAUUUCGACGCCCUACCAACCACCACCCUCACCAUUAGCCCCAUUAACCCCACCACCAACAUUACGAAUCCGAUCCUGAUCUCUCCUUCUUGCGAUAUUACCCUUGUAUCAAACAUACGCUCGGUCGGUCGCAUGCGAGUCCGUCGCGAGUAUCCCGCAAACCGGUGCCUCGAACAAAACAUACACCCUCGCACGUCGCACCUCCAGUCGUCACCUGAACCUACUCAACCAUGUGAGCAUCGACAACAGCGGAUACUAAGCCCACCUUGCAAAUCCAACAUCUUUCUCGCCUCCAACACUAUCAACACCAUCACUGCCAGCUACGCCACCGCGAGCACCAUCACCAGCGACACCAACGCAAAAACUCACAGCCUAUCUCGCCAAUAUUUACACCUCGUACGUGCAUCUCACAGCGGCCUGAUCGGCUACUUACGAAUUCAUCGCAUCGAGACUAGUGAAUUACUUCCAGCAGCGCCAACAUACACCCGCCUCGCCACCGCCGAAUAUCCAUAUUGA